GACAAAUUUUGAAAUAAACGUUAUUUAGCCAUAAACUCAACACAAUGACAUGGUUUUUUGAAAUCAAUUUGACUAACUUUAGCCUGGCGGCUUUCUUGAAUUCAGCGAUUUGUCCUAAAAAGCAUGUAGUGAAUUCUUCUGAUUGGGAAUCCUAACUCGCAUCUUAUAUUUUGUAAUGAACAAUAACAAAACACACUCAUAAUGAUGCAUUUCUCCCCAUAAUAUGUCUUUAGAAAGUAUGGAAUGUAAUGAUACGUGUGGAGUGUUUCCCCCUAGAAAGAUGUGUUCAGAUCAAAACGCUGAGCUUUUCUCGCUGGAGGAGCUUGGACAGAUACUUAGUUUAUGCUCUUAUAGUCAGGAUCUCGGGGUCGUUAAUCAGGAACUGGAUUUGCUGGAUGAUAUAUGUACGAGUUAUAUGGCGGAUAAAAUUGCCGGACUUACAAAUGGACAACAACUUACCUCCUGUAAUUUUGCACGUGUUGCGGAUUUUACACCCGGUACUCACUCCAUUUUUAUUCCACAUCCGAGAGAAAAUAAAAUUGUGCAAGAUGCUCAGGUUUCUGAGGAAUGUAAAUUACCACCUAAGAAUGAAGCUGUUCCUUCCUGCCAGGAAAUCGUACUAGAUGCUAAACGAGAGGCUUCUGUUUUGCAACAAGUAUCAAGACUCCAUAAAAAGGGCCUGUGGUCGUCUGAUCGUUUACCAAAAGUUAUGGAGCCGAAAUGUGGAAGACUUCACUACACGCAUCUCCUAAAUGAGGCGAUUUGGUUGUCAGUUGAUUUUCAUGAAGAAACAAAGUGGAAGAAAUAUACGGCAAGUAAGCUGGCUCGAGCCGCGCAACUUUACCUUAUUACGCGCCAUGAAUGGAAUCGACAGCUUUUGUGUUUUGAAGAGCAGCUAAGAAUGGGAAAUGCUGCUCGUGUGGCAAAGAUGAUCAAGGAUUGGUGGGGCAAUGUAGGCCAAGACUUGGAUCUUGUAAGUUUAAAAACUUCACAGAGACGUUGGGAUUAUGCCUAUAAAGUGAACCAACAUUCUAUAGCUCACUUCUCUGAUAUGGGUCCAAGCUGGUUAGCUUCUGUAAAUUUUGACCUAGAAGAUGCAGGUUUCCACGAAUCUUCAGAUACGUCACAUAAUCUGGAUGAUGAAAGAAUCAUGCAAUAUAUUGGCGGCGAUGGAGAUAUUGAUGAUAAAGAUUGGAAGCCAGAUAUAGAAGAUGAAAGCUCUACUGGACCACAUAGUUGUAGCCGGUCAACUAGCAGUAGUCUGGCAGCCAGUUUUGUGGAUGAUAGUGAUAUGAGUGGUUUUGGAGUCGCUGUUUAUUCACCUAGCGAUCCUUUAUCUCCAGAAAUCAACUUGACUUCGUGUACCAGAGCUUGCAAUCAAGUUAGCAAACAUCAUGGAUCAGACAGAAGACGAAAGAGUCAAAGCGAGCAUUCAUACACUUCCGACUGUGGACAUUGGGAAGAUGCUUCUGAAGAGACUCAUGACAUUACUUCAGAAGCUAGGGUAAAUUCAAAUUCACCAGAGUCCUGCGACCAAAGUGUUGAAAGUAAUGAGGUGCAAGGUUUAAUAUCUGACAUGGAAGUUCCAUUGAAUCGCUUUCUUGAACCCUAUAUCGAUCAAGGAUGGUGCAUCAAAAAUAGAGUCACAUCUAGGUCUGGAUAUCGUUCUUCAGAUUCGGAUAUUUCAAACUGUGAACGUGAUUGUUGCUCCUUCGAUAUGGUUUCUCAUGUAAGCUAACUUUAGUUUGUGAUAGGUUUAUAGUCUUCUAAAGGUAGAAAUAAUCAGGUCUAGAAUUAUUUCUUUUUUAAUUUCCUCUAUUUUCAAGGUUCAGUGUAUGCGAAUACUUCUAAAUCUCCAUAAAAAAACAGUAAGUAGUUUAAACAGCUAAAAUCGCGGGCAACUACCAACCUUCUUAUCACAUAAUGUGUGGAACUCUCCGUACAAACUCGACUUCAGCAACAAACAUGUUCAGAAAGAAAUAUCACUUCUUCAGAAUGAAGCGGACAUGCCUUUACAUCAAAUACUUCCUAGUGGUUACAUAGAUUUCCUUUCCAAAAUUGAUGAGCAAAAAUGUUCUACUGUGUAUAAUCAACUUGAUUCACAAAGUAAUCAUCAUAUGAAUGGAUCAUCCAAAAUUGGUAACAAAACAGAUGGGAAUGAUGGUAAUUCUUUAUCUGCCACAAAUAAUACUUUAUGCUUGGAUAAUGGUGAUGGGGAUCUCAUGCAACUUGAUUCGGUUAGCUCUAAAUCUUCUGGAGUUUCAUCUUUGACAGAUCAUAACCACAGUGAGUGUGACAACUUACCGUCAUCGAAAAGUUCAUUUCAUAUGAAUUCCCGUACAGUUCUUGCACCCUGGUAUUCUUCCCCCCCGCCUUCUACACCUAGUCGAUUGGCAGACCUACAUGCAGCAGCACUAGAAUUACUCCCCCUAAAAUUAGUAUCAAUGGCAAGUACUGGUUCAUCUCGUCUUAUUCCCGAAGUCUGUACUCUUCCCUAUAGUCCAACGCUUCGAAUCCCUUGUCUUCCAACUCCUAGUCUUGGUGCGGCUGUCACCUGGAUGCGACAUGCUUUUGCACGAUGUGUUCCAGUGCUCUUAUUAACUAAUAGUCAUUUGUCUGGUGAUGCUGAGUUAGCUGUGGCUGCACAUCUCGGACAACUUUCAGUCGUUGAUCCUCGACAUUAUUUACUUUCAGAAUCGUCUGGUGAAAUUUGUAAUAAUACAGUCACGGGUGUGUGGGGUCCUCAUUUAAUCGUAACUCCAUGUUUAUGCCUGCCGGCUUGGCGGAGGCGUUUACAAAUGUGGUGCCCUGGUUUUCGUGUUGUAUGUUUGGGUCUUGGUCGCAGAAGUGAACGAUGUGGUACUGGGCAUCGCCUUCGUGACAGUGUAGCUCGAGGUUCUGUAAAUAUUUGUUUGAUUAGUUAUACUGCUUUACGCUUAAAACCUAGUCGUUUCACACGGAUUCAGUGGAGUUCAGUCAUUUUUGACCAGGUGAGAUAUCAGUCUGGUGAUGAAUAUUGUUUAUUAUUCAAUCAAAUAUUUACAACUUUUGUGAAUUAUAAUUUCUGGCUGUUUUUGCUCAAUAGGUGUAUGUUGUGAAAUCAAUCUUAAAUGUGUGUAUUUAAGUGAUAAAUUGCAUUUAACUUAAUAAUAUAUUCUUUGAAAUUGAGUGGACCAAAUAUUCCAUUAAUUAUAUGAACUAGUCAGUGAGUCAAAUGUAAAUACUGGAAAUGAAUAUGAAUACAUAUACCAGAAUGGGCGGUUUAUGGAGAUCGUAUUAAUUUUAUGGUUGAAUUCAUGAGUCGAUUUAAAGCUAGGUCACCGUGCAAAACCUUGAAGGACUAGACAGCCAUUUCGUCCUUGUAUGUGACUCAUUAACCAUGUGUUAUAAGACAGUUACUCACUGAAGACAAUGGUGGAUGGUCGCACAAUAUCAUGUAUUGCUUGAAGCUAGACAUUAACAUCGUCGGAUGCCGGCUCAUUGGUCCAGAGGUUAAAUGUUCGCGCGCGAAGCCGAAAUCAAGCAAUUGAAUAUACAGGAUAGCUAUUUAUGAGUAAAAAUAGACGGAUAAAAGUAACUCAUCGGCGUUGUGUUCAUGAGGGCAAAAGUUUUAAAACUUUGGCAACGUAUUUUAAAAUACACAAACAUGCAUCUUUUCUAAAAAUAAUUACAACGUUAUCAGUAUAAUCGUCUUGCAUUAAAUUAGUUUAAUGAUAAAUUGUUAUGUCCCGACAAGAAUAAUGAAUAAUAACUUAUAAGAUCCAUUUAUGGACCAGUACUAAACGUAUAUUUCUAUUUUAUAAUUAUUAAGUAAGUAAACUAUGCAUAUUCAUAUUCCCUUUAUUAUAAGCUUUAUCUUGACCGAUAAACUAUUAUUAUACGUUUUACCGUUCUUGAGUUAUACCCAGUAUAUUAAUUACUACCUCCCUCAUUCACAACCACAUCUGGCUAAUUCUUGUACAAAUGUUGUCUUAUAUUUUAUUGGUACGUUGUGGUCUGUUUGAUUGGUAUAUAGACUCAGUAUGUUUGAAAUAUAAUGAUUCAUAUCGCAGAGGCUCGGAUUGGUGUUCUGGACUUAACUGGCUAGGCUUGAUAGGAAGCAGGACUAAUCAGGACUCUAGGCUGCUCGCACGUGUUUUGUGCGUCCUUGGUUCGAUCGGUUAUUCACUGCUCUCUAAUCGGCGGUCAAAAGUUAUAACAUAAAUAUUGAAUGAUGCUUAAACUACAUUUAAACAUUGGGAUUUUGAAUUUCAAUGUCAAAUGUCUGAUGAAAAUUGACAGGAAUAACGCAUCAAUCCAAUUUUCGAUAUAAUUUUAGGUAACAUUAUAGCAUUUUAUAGUACCGAAUUCCCUAGUCUCACUCCACCAACGUUUUUAGGUUGGCCAGUUCUAUCAUUAGUCCUUGCACAAACCGUGUUUCUCAAAACCGAGUAAAUAAACCUGUUGUCCAGAUACAACGGAGCGAAUAGUAUGAAAUUACAACUUUUGGAGCUAUGAUACGAAGGAUUAUUAUUCAUAUUUUUGAACUUUCGUUUGACCUAGAUAUUGUUGUCACGUCUUAUCUUUUUAAAUUUAACAUCAAUUGAUUAUUUCUAUAUUACCACUGUUCAAGUCAUAUAUGAAUAAGCUAUGUAUAUAGUGCGAUUUCUUAAUUGUGUUGCCUUGUGGUCAGGUAUUUCAUGUAAUAUUAUUAUGAGUUUUGAGUCAUGAUUGGAUUGAAUACAAUAGAGAAUUAAUUUACUUUCUAUCUUCGUUUUCUGAUUAGACAUUGGGCUAGACAGAACUCGAAGCCCAGUAAGCGUUAAAGUUUUGUUAGCUGUUCAUUGAUUGAUGUGUCGAUUGGUAAAUAGAUCAUCGGUCCUACUGUCAGUAUUAAUAGAUUAAUCGAUACUCAGACUACAUAUCAUACAAAUCUGCUCAUAUAAUUAUAGUACAACCACAUGUACCCUAAUAAAAUACAUGAAAGCUGUUCAUCUUUUUUCCUGUCAAACCAAUUUGGAUUUAGCUACUAGUGAAUAAAUGCGGUUAGAGAACUGCUUCGGUAGUUUACAAAACUAAUUUACAGUUUAUCUAUUUAAUGCACACAGUAAGGCAUCAAAAAGAAUGUCUCACACCUACAAUUCGAUAAUAUUGUAAAGAGAAAUAGAAGGAUAGGGCAAUAUAAUCAACAAACAAAUGAACAAGACUAGGGUCAUCUUUCAAAUAUUGCACCAGAGGUCAGGAUUUUGUCUGGGGCUUUCGGUAAUAUAUAUCCAUAUAUGCCUAGGUUUGUAUAAAUGAAUGAAUGACUCGGUAGUAAAUAAUGAGUAGUUUGGGUUAAAAACUUUCAUUCAGUUAGCAACAUCAGUCAAUACUUAGUAUAGACAAGUACAAAAUUUAGCAAUUUAAUUUGGCUGGACGACUAAAAAUAUUUCAACCAAUAAGGAAACAGUUUAUGAGCAAUCAAUGAAAUAAAUGAGACUGCAAUAAAAACCAGUUACUCAUAAGUAACAUAAAGCGAAAUAUGUUUAGAAAGUGUACAUGGACGGGUCAGUAUACCCAUUUCCAAAGCUUCACACCUCUGCAAUAUAAAAUAAAUUUGGUUAAGUGUCUCAACCACAGAAUCAAGGUAUUAUGUUCUGAAGACAGUGUGGAGGAAGAAAUAGUUAUACUAAAGAACACAUUACGUAAUAAUGGCUAUCCGGAUAAUUUCGUCAAAAAAUACCUCGUACAAAGUAUUAAAAAGAGAAGACAUUGCGACACGGUCAGUAAAAAGACCUUAUAUCUGAAACUUGACUUUAAAGGCGACAUAGCGGGUGAUAUUCUAACACGUCGACUCAAAAGAUCUGUCGAGAGGACGUUUCAUGCCGCCAAGUUACACAUAACUUUCUCGACUAAACCAGUACUCACACAACUAAUCAAGGAUAAGUUACCGAAGAUGGGCUCCUCCAUGUGUGUAUACCAAUUCAACUGCUCCUGUGGAGCUAGUUACAUAGGCCGUACUCAGAGGGCUUUAUCCUUGCGUGUUCGUGAACAUGUACCGGCAUGGUUGGGAAAAGGAGUCACCAAAUCGAUUAAUAGCACCAUCCUUUCUCACUUGGUAGAUAGUGAACAUCAUAUUAAAAUAGAGGAAGCUUUCUCUGUUUUAUAUCAAGUUCCAAAAUAUCUACCUCAAGGAGCUAGAUUACGACUGCUUUACACAGCCGAAGCCAUCUGGAUCAACUCCAGAAGACCUAAUUUAUGCAUCCAGAAAAAAUAUAUCCAGCCUCUAUGUUUACCCUGGCCUACGACUGGAUCACCACAUACCUAGACUGAAUAUUAUAAACCUCUUACCCCUUCCUUCCUUCCUUCACUUUUAUUUAUUUUCCUUAUUAUCAUUAUUUGUCAUUAUCUAUAUCUUAAUCUUCAUAUCCAUCAUUCCCAAUUUGUUGACCGUAAUUACC